AGUAAUUCCACCUUUUUAAAUCCCAAAAUAUCUGCGAAAUUCCUCAGUUCUUAAAAGAUUGAAAAACUCUUUUUUUUACCUUUCAAAAUUUCACGCCGAAAAUGUCCCCAAAGUUUUUCCCCCAACCCAACGGUUUCAAAAAUAUUCUCGAAACAAGGGCUCCAGAAUAUUUGGAGUUACGACCAUCUGGUAAUGAGUUAAUGAGUGGCAUCCCCCACCAGCCCCCACUCUGUUUUGUACAAUUCCUCCUCCACAAUAAUAAAAUAUCUGACAACAGAAUGUAACAUGUCCGCCAUAUACGGCAACCGUCGGUCAUCCAGUCUAGUCCAGCUCCGGUCCUUGGACUGUCGAGUAGGAUGGAAACGUUAAUAAAAAUCCAGGAAGAAAUAUCCUCAACCCAAUCAAUGAAUAAAUAAAUAAAAAAGUGGUUCAAUCAAUAAAUCAUUUAUAACAAUGGUGACCCCGCCGGGGGGAAAAUAAACAAACGUCUUUCCGUCAUCGGACAUUCGGCAUUUCGGAAAUUUGUGAGGUAAUCAUCAGUCUUUCGGAAAUAGUAAAUCCUGUCAGGAGUUUUGGUUCUCGAGGAUAAUUAAGGAGACAAGGGAUAUGGAUGACUCGAGUGUUCGAGUCGCCGUUCGGAUACGGCCUCAAGUGGCUCGAGAGGUGAUCGACAUGUGUCGAAUUUGUACCCAAGUGCCUCCAGGCGAGCCGCAGGUGUUCCUGGGACCUGAUAAAGCCUUCACCUAUGAUUACGUCUUCGAUACGAGCACAGGACAGAGUCCAAUCUAUGAUGCAUGUGUUGCAAGAUUGGUUGAUGGGGCUUUGGAUGGGUACAAUGCAACAGUCUUGGCAUAUGGACAAACUGGCUCGGGAAAGACGUACACUAUGGGCACGGGUUUUGAUGUUGAAGUCGAUGAGAUGAUUGUUGGCAUUAUUCCAAGGGCUAUCAGACACUUGUUCGAUGGUAUCGCUGAAAAACAGGCCAGUGCCCGGGAACGAGCUCUUAUGCCACCUGAAUUCAAGGUGACGGCCCAAUUCUUGGAGCUCUACAACGAGGACUUAAAGGACCUCCUGGAACCAGGGGGUCCCCGAGGUGGGGCCCGAAUUCAUGAAGAUCCCUCUGGAAAUAUCCACCUCGCUGGUGUGGAACCCCGGGUGGUCACAAGCCCCGAACAAGCCCUCGAGUACCUCCGUCUAGGGGCUCUUUCGCGUACGACAGGUUCCACCCAAAUGAACACUCAAUCCUCCCGAUCCCACGCGAUUUUUACCCUCUACAUAAAACAACAGCGCUGCAUAAAAAUAGAAGAUCCCGACGCCGACGUCGACACGACCUCUUCCGAUUCGGCUAACGAAUUCGAAACUCUAACUGCCAAAUUUCACUUUGUCGAUCUGGCCGGGUCUGAGAGAUUAAAACGAACGGGCGCAACUGGAGAUCGCGCCAAGGAAGGCAUCUCCAUAAACUGCGGACUCCUGGCACUGGGCAACGUCAUCUCCGCUCUCGGAGAUAAAACGAAAAAAGCUCUGCACGUGCCUUACAGAGACUCCAAACUGACGCGCCUUCUCCAGGAUUCUCUGGGUGGUAACAGUCAAACAGUCAUGAUUGCCUGCGUCUCACCCAGUGAUCGGGACUUCAUGGAGACCCUGAGCACCUUAAAAUACGCCAAUCGAGCUCGAAAUAUCAAGAACAAAGUGAUGAUCAAUCAAGAUAAAUCCUCCAGGACGAUUACUUCCUUGCGACGAGAAAUUCAACAGCUUCAGCUGGAGCUUCUGGAGUACCGACAGGGGAAGAGAGUUGUCGGAGAGGAUGGGGUGAAUGACGCCUGGCACGAGAAUCAGAUGCUCAAUAGUGAGCUGCAAAGUCUUCGGACAAGAGUGAAAGCUUUAUCAGAAACAGUAGAAGGACUCACAGCGAAGAAUUCUUUGUUGAUCGCGGAGAAAGCUGGUGGUCAGUGGGUCAACAAUGCCUCUGGGGAACCCGUGACAGAAUUGAUUCUGGGUUAUGUUGAGGAGAUUGAGGAGCUUCGGGCGAAACUCAUGGAGGCUGAAGCCAUGUACCAACAGCUGAAGAAACGACAGAUGCAGAUGCAGGCUGCUAAUCCUUUCUCAGAACCAUCAUAUACCUUUGGAGAUUCAUCGUCAGUCCUUGCAGAUGCCAAACGAGAACUCCAGAAGGAAAUGGAUACCCUUGCGGCCUUGAAGGGACAGCAGGACAAUGAUGAGGAGAAUGAGGGGGAUGGGGCUGAGAAUGGACAGGAAUCGAUGAGUGACGAUGAAUCUGAUGAUGAUUCUGAUCGGAAGGAGGAGGAUGAGGAAGAAGCGGCUAUGGGCAGAGAAUUGGAGGCUUUGACAUCUGAUAUUGAUGUGAAACAGCGGUUGAUUCAAGAAUUGGAGUUGUCUCAAAGGCGGCUGCAGACUAUGAAGCAGCAUUAUGAGGACAAGCUGGUGCAAUUGCAAGCGAGGAUUAAGGACACCCAGGAGGAGAGGGACAAGGUGCUGUCCUCACUCCAGCAGCAGGCGUCACCACCCACCGAGAAGGUGAAGAAGUUAAAGGACGAGUACGAGAAGAAGUUGACUGCUAUGCAGAAGGAAGUUCGUCUUUUGCAGUCCGCAAAGAAGGAGCAUGCGAGGCUUUUGAAGAGUCAGUCACAGAAUGAGAACAGGUUGAGGGGCCUCAGGAAUGAGCUCGCCGAGAUGAAGAGGGCGAAGGUCAAGCUGUUGAAUAAAAUGAGAGAGGAAGCGCAGAGGCAUAAAGAGAAUGAGUUGAGGAGGAAUCGGGAAAUCGCGCAGUUGAGGAAGGAGAGCAGGAAGAAUGCGAAUAUGAUUCGGACUCUUGAGGCUGAUAAGAGGAUGAAAGAGGUGGUGCUCAGGAGGAAGCAGGAGGAGGUGACGGCGUUGAGGAAGAGGGACAGAGGACUCAGUCAGAAGGUCGCUGGCAGGACGGUCGUUAAGAAGGUCAAUCCAAAAACACUUAAGCAGAUGUGGCAGACUUUUGAGAGGACUAUUACUAAGCAAGCGUUGGCCAAACAGGCUGCUGCCGAGACUGAGAGAGAAAUGGAGAGGUUGCUGAUGGAGAGGGAGGAAUUGGGGAGGGACUUGGAGCGGCUCCAGAAGCAUCGGGUGGCAGCGGCAGCCACUCGAGGAGACACUGCGGAUGUUGACGAGGAUAUCGACAAUGUCAAGAGCAAAAUUAGCUAUCUGCAAGACAGCAUUGCGGAGUGUCAGAGGGAUAUGGUGGAGAUGGGGGAUGGGGAGACUGAGGCUGAGCCAGGGGUCGAGGCCCUCAUUGCAGCUGUCAAGAGUGUUGACGAGGCGCAAUAUCUUCUCCAGCGAAUGCUCAAUUUUACGGUGGAGCAGAGCUGCAGUGCAGCACAGAAGCAGCUCGAGGUGAGGGACAUGGAGAGUCGACUGAAUCAAGUGGCGCAGGAGAGCGAUGUUCAGCAUCAACUUCUGGAGCAUGUGCUCAGGGACAGGGAUCUGCUCACUAUGACCAGCAGUCAUGAUAAUAGUUUAGCCUACAGCCCCCCGAGCUCCAGGAGUUCAUCACCCGAUAAUAGUGAAAGUUACAGUCAAAUAUCGAUGACCGAGGUGAAACAGAAGAGCAAUAAAGUCCGUCGUCGAACAACUCAACCCCAGGAGCUCCUGUAUGGCGUAGGUCAAGGUGCUGAUUCCCUGAAGGUCGACGAUCACAAUCAGAACCACAAUCAUCCUCUAACUCGAGUACCGAGUGCUCCGGGCAGUCUUAAAGGUUUGGUAUUGACCCGUGGCCAGCAUGGGAGUGGCAUGGCUGGUGGUGGAUCACCAAUACUCAGUAGACGUGACAGCACAUCACCACGAUCCCUCCGGAGGCCACUCCAUCCUGGUGGGGGCUCUAUGGAACACGUUGCACAAAUGGACGUGUCAUCGCCACCAGGAUCGCCGACGAUUUAUCGUCGAUUCAACAGUCGCGAGGAGAAUGUUUUCUCCAGAUUAACUGCUACUAGACAACCACUCACAACCGAUCCACAACCGACAAAGGGAGUCAUUUCACAAUAUCCAGGAAAGGUGCAGCCUAGAGCUCCUCUGCAAUGCACUCACGUUGCCGAAGGCCACAGUAAGGCAGUGCUGGCCAUCCAUGCAACGGAAGACUUAUUAUUCAGCGGCUCCAAAGAUCGAACGGUGAAAAUAUGGGACUUGGGAACAGGCCUGGAAAAUAUGACACUCUCAGGUCAUCCUAACAACGUGGUCGCAGUGAAAUACUCCGAGUCCCAUCGCCUACUCUUCAGCGUGUCAUCGGCCUACGUAAAAGUCUGGGACCUUCGUACCAGCAACUCAUGUGUUAAGACCCUUUUCUCAUCGGGUCAGACUCAGAAUGGUGCAUUAUGCCUGACAACUACCGCGAGAACACUGCAAGUGCCUCCUGGUGAAACGACAAUAAAUGAUUUGGCACUAAGUUUGGAUGAUCAGGAAUUGUACACUGCGACUAGUGAUAAGGUGAGGGUCUGGGAUCUCAGAAAAUUGACGUACACUGGACGUCUCAGCACUCCACACACAGCAGCUGUCAUGUGCCUUGCUGUCGCUGAUGAUGGAAGGGUCGUAACUGGUAGCAAGGAUCAUCUAAUUUCUCUCGUUGAUACCACCACCUCAGGGCAAUCUGUCAGUCUUGCCCCACCUCAUUACGAUGGGGUCCAGUGUCUUGCCACCAGUGGCACUACUCUAUUCUCAGGUUCUAGAGACAUGUGCAUAAAACGAUGGGAUCUCAGCAGGAUGGAGCUCCUCCAGUCAUUGAACAACGCCCACAAGGACUGGAUUCAGGGUCUUUGCACAAUAAACAAUGGUGCAGUGAUGGUUUCAGGAUGUCGAGGUGGUUAUCUUCGAGCCUGGGGAGUUCCCACAGACAGUGAGGGCGAAUGCUCACCCCUGGGAGAAGUUCGAGCUCAUGGAUCAGCAAUAAACGCUGUCGUCACCAAUCAGCAGCACAUUUUCACCGCCAGCAACUCGGGUGAAGUGAAGCUCUGGCGCAUUCCCGAUCCUUUCCUAGCAAUGUCAAUGUCAACAAUGUCUAUCUAACUCAUUUUAUUCAUCUGCUUGUGCUAUUAUUUCUGCAACUCAUCAUUAAUAAUUAAUUAAACGUGUUUCUUCAAUUUCUAGAGUUCAUCAUUAUUAUUAUUAUUUUUUUCAUUGAGGGAAUCCAAGGAUCUCGCAGUUUCGUUAUAAAAAAAAAAAGUCAGUAGAUUUUCAUGGAAAUAACUAAUUGCAAAGUCUCUACUUUAAAACUAGUCUAUUUUGCGCAAAAGUCUCAUUAAUUAGAGGGACUUGAGGCUUUUUUAUUUGCAUAAUUGAUAAAAACUAGAAGAAUUUCAGGUGCUGAAUCAAUCGAAUUAUUAGUAAUUAAUCUAUUAUGUUAGUUAUUUUAGGAGAUAAAAUUUUUAAGACAAUCCUAUAAAAGUUUCGCUUGGAUUUUCUCGGGAAUUUUGAGUUAAUUAUUUUGUUAUGAUUUUUGUGCUGUUUGUUCAUGCAUCACGUUUAUCUUCCUUUGCAUGGGAUUAAAAACAGCGAUGGAACGGUUAGGCUGUGGAGCUACUACAAGAGAGAUCCCCGAGCAUUUAAUCGGAGCAACUCAUUAAAGUGCUAACAUUCGCAGCAUUACGACGAGAUGGAGGACCCAGAGUAUUUAAUUUAGAAAAUUAUUUUCCCCUCGUCGAAUAAGAACAUGAGAUUAUUUUUAAUAGUGCUGAAUUAAUUAGUAUUAAAAAGUAAUUUUACUCGUGGCCAGUGAAUGGAAGUUUCAAAUCUGAAGGAUAUUUUACAUUCCUUUGACACUCAUUAAUAGAUUUUUAUUCUUUGCUAAUACAUUUUCAUUAUUUGAGUGUCUAAUAGAUUAGAAUUUUGUACUGUCUAUUUAUGUAUUGAAGUAUUUCUCGUUACACUGCUUUCAGUGUCUUUUAUAGAUUUUUUUUUAUCUAGGAAAAUAUUUAAUUGAAAUGAAUUUCGUUGUGUAAAUUUAAUUUGAUAG